UCAACGACCUUCUCUAAUCUCUAUAUAGAAGUCCCCUUCUUCUUCCUCUUCAUUUAUCUCAUAACCCCUAAAGAGUUUUAAAUCAUGGAAACAACAAAGAAGCUCUCUGCUCUCUUCUGCCUAUUUUUCAUCAGUAACCAAGCUGUCUCGGAGUCCGAGCACAUGGAAACUUUCUGCAACAAAUCAUCCAGAAAUACCACUAGCAACAACACAACUUUCAACACAAAUCUCAACACUCUUCUCUCCACUCUUAGCAACCAAUCAUCAUUCGCUAACUACUACAACCUCACGACCGGUUUAGCUUCAGACACAGUCCAUGGAAUGUUCUUAUGCAUAGGAGAUGUCAACAGAACAAGCUGCAAUGCAUGCGUCAAGAACGCAACAAUCGAGAUUGCCAAAAACUGUACUAACCAUCGAGAAGCAAUCAUUUACUACUUCUCUUGUAUGGUUCGAUACUCAGAUAAGUUUUUCCUCUCCACCUUAGAGACAAAGCCUAAUGCCUUCUGGUCUUCAACCGACCCAAUUCCCAAAUCAUUUGGUAAAUUUGGGCAGAGGUUGUCUGACAAAAUGGGAGAAGUUAUUGUCAGAUCAUCUUUGCUAUCUUCUUCGUUUACGCCAUAUUAUCUUCAGGAUACAACUAGGUUCGAUGGCCAGUAUAAUCUGCAGUCUGUUGUUCAGUGUAGUCCUCAUUUGGAUUCUGGAAACUGCACCACGUGUCUAAAACUUGCGUUCCAAGAACUCACUCACUGCUGUGGUGAUCAGCUUUGGGCUUUCAUCUUCACUCCCAAAUGUUUAGUCAGUUUUGAUACCUCAAAUUCAUCAUCAAUGUCGAUUUAUCUUCCACGCAGCACUUCUGUCUCGAUUAGAGGAGAUAACAAAUUACUUGGGGGAAUGGUUCUUGCUGUGGCGGCUUCGGUAUUUGCACAUUUGGGUUUAUGAUCAAAUUGACAAUUACGAUAUACUGAGAGUCUGAGACGAAGGGUUGGUUCGAGUUUCGAUUUGGAAUUUU